AUGUCUCAGCAAGAUGUGUCCGAAGGCCACGCCGACGGCGCGCCUCCCAGCACGCCUGUUAAGGUGCGAUGGUACAGGUCCACGUUCUACAACAUGACCAUCCUGGGUCUCUGCAACCUCUCCGCCCCGGGAAUCUGGACGGCCAUGAACUCCCUGGGCGGCGGAGGCGCCGAGGAGCCGUACCUUGUCAACACGUCAAACGCCCUGACCUUCUGUCUGAUGGUCGUGUCCUGCUGGCUGUCCAGCACCCUUGUCCGGUACAUCGGUAUCAAGGGAGCUCUGAUUUUCGGAACGCAAGUGUACACCCCAAGACGUGUAAGCGAGAUGUGCCGAGUCGGAUAUGCCCCCUAUGCCGCAGGACUGUACGUCAACAACAGAUACGACAACGAGUGGCUCAUCCUCCUCGGUGCUGCCCUCUGCGGAAUCUCCGCGGGUGUCUUCUGGUCUGCUGAAGCUGCCAUCGCCAUCGCCUACCCUGAGCCGUGGAAUCGCGGCAGAGCCCUGGGAUACUGGCUCACCUUCCGCAUCAGCGGCCAGGUCAUCGGCGGAGCCAUCAACCUGGGUCUCAACGCGAACAGGAACACUGCCGGCAAGGUCUCCUACACCGUCUUCGAGGUCUUCAUUGCGCUUCAGGCUGCGGGACCUGUAGUGGCGCUGUUUCUCAACCGCCCCCACAAGGUUCAGAGGACGGAUGGCAAGCCGGUGUCGUUGGCGAUCGAGGACAACCUGUGGGUGGAGCUCAAGCGUACGACCGAGGCUUUCCUGUCGCCCAAGUUCCUCCUCAUCAUUCUCCUGAUCGGACAGGCCGUCUUUGCUGAGGCCGUCUUCUUCACCUACCUGUCGCUGUGGUUCUCUGUCCGCGGACGAGCCCUUGGAUCAUUCCUCUCCGGAAUUGUCGCCGCGAUUGGCGGAAACCUCUUGGGUCUCUGGUUGGAUAGGACUUCCAUCUCGUUGAAGACCAGGGCCAGAGUCGCAUUCCUGACCAUCGUCACACUUCAAGGUGCCUGGUGGACGUGGGCGACCAUCUUGGUGACUCGCUACCACAAGUCUAAGCCCACCUACGAUUGGGUCGACGAAGGCUUCGGCGCCGGGUUCGGAGUCUUCAUCUUCCUCACCCUCGGAUUCCAGCUCAACUACAUGUUCUUGUACUUUGUCAUCCAAAACAUCUCCAAGAACGAGAAGGAUGUUAUCCGUUACGCCGCAGUCCUGCGCGGAACAGAGUCGGCCUGGCAGGCUGUCAGCUAUGGUGUCACGUCCAUCACCAUCAUAGCCCGGGUGGGUGGUGUCUACAUCAACUACGGGCUGUGGGCGGCGGCCCUCUUCCCGGCCUGGCUGGUCAUCCGUCACAUCGGGUCGUCCAGCAACGUCGAGGAGGAGUCGCACGAUGGCAGCGGGAGCAUCAGCGGAGGAGACAAGCAGACGUCGACCACUGUCGGCAAGGACGUCACCAACUGA